AUGAAGACAUUCAGUCCACAAGGUGGCAACAGUGGUGAGGUUUGACAGAUACAGACCGGAAGGGGGAAUGAAAGGUUGUUAACAUGGCGCCGGCCUUGGAAGACGGUGAAUUUGACAACGAUGAUUACUAUUCUUUACUUAAUGUCAGAAGAGAGGCAUCACAGGAGGAACUGAAGGGGUCAUACAGGCGACUGUGCAUGCUCUACCACCCAGACAAGCACAGAGACCCUGAAUUGAAAAGGCAGGCGGAACAGCUCUUUAACCUAGUGCAUCAAGCUUAUGAAGUCCUUAGUGACCCACAGUCACGAGCUAUCUAUGACAUCUAUGGCAAGAGAGGACUGGAUGUUGAAGGAUGGGAGGUGGUGGAGAGAAAAAGAUCACCAGUAGAGAUCCGAGAGGAGUUUGAGCGUCUGCAGAGAGAGAGGGAGGAGAGACGGCUACAGCAGAGGACCAAUCCCAAGGGGAUGAUCAGUGUGGGUGUAGAUGCCACAGACCUCUUUGAUCGCUAUGAGGAGGAUUACGAGGAUGUGCCUGGAGGGGGCUUCCCACAUGUUGAGAUCAACAAGAUGCACAUAUCACAAUCCAUAGAGGCCCCCCUCACCACCUCAGACACAGCUGUUCUCUCUGGCUCCCUCUCAACCCACAAUGGAAACGGAGGAGGAAACAUUAACGUGGCACUGCGGAGAGUCACCUCUGCUAAGGGCUGGGGGGAGGUGGAGUUUGGGGCAGGAGACACACACGGGCCCCUCUUAGGUAUGAAGAUAUUCCGCAACCUCACAGCUCGCUGCUUUGUGACUGCUCAGUGUGGACUCCAUUUCUCGUCCCGAGGCGUGCGGCCUGGUUGCACCACGAUGCUGGCUCGGCACCUGGACAAGAACACCAUGGGCUACCUGCAGUGGCGCUGGGGCACCCAGUCCUCCAUGAACACCAGCAUCGUCAGGGACACGAAGACCAGCCACUUCACCUUGGCCAUGCAGCUUGGGAUUCCUCACUCCUUCAUGAUGAUGAGCUACCAGUACAAGUUCCAGGACGAUGACCAGACCAAAGUCAAGGGCUCAAUCAAAGCUGGCUUUUUUGGGACGGUGGUGGAGUAUGGUGCAGAGAGAAAGAUCAGUCGGCACAGUGUCUUGGGGGCGACUGUCAGUGUAGGAGUACCUCAGGGCGUCUCCCUCAAGAUAAAGCUGAACCGAGCCAGCCAGACAUAUUUCUUCCCCAUCCAUCUGACUGACCAGCUCCUGCCCAGUGCAGUGUUCUACGCCACGGUUGGACCACUCGUCUUCUACCUCGCUAUUCAGAGACUCGUCAUCAGGCCCUACGUGCGUGCCCAGAAGGAACAGGACCUGGAGAAGCACCGGGAGAGUUCAGCCUCGGACAUUGCUAGGAAAAGGCAGGAGGCAGAGUCUGCUGUUUUGCUAAUGCAGGAAUCUGUGCGCAGGAUCAUUGAAACUGAGGAAUCUAAAAUGGGUCUCAUCAUCCUCAACGCCUGGUACGGCAAGUUUGUGACGGACAACAGUCAGAAGCAUGAGAGGGCAAAGGUCAUCGAUGUGACUGUUCCGCUGCAGUGCCUGGUGAAGGACUCCAAACUCAUCCUCACAGAGGCCACAAAGUCAGGACUACCUGGGUUCUAUGACCCCUGUGUGGGGGAGGAGAAGAGUCUGAAGGUACUGUAUCAAUUCCAGGGAGUGAUGCAUCAAGUCCUCUCUCCUGAAGGGGAAGCACUCAGGAUACCAAAACAAUCUCACAGGAUUGAUGCCGACACAUAGGAAUCUCUUUUCUGGACCGAAUGGGACAUUACACAACGUUAAACUGAUAGUUUGACAAUGGAUGGACAGACUUGUAUUAUAGAGACACCAAUUUACCCCUUGUGUCCUAAAAACAGUCCUGCAUAUCCCCUCUUUAUGUUGUCCAUAGGAGGAGAAAUGGCAGAAACUUUCUCAACAGGGGGUUGCCCUAUUGAAUGAAAUUCAGUCUAAAGUCACUUAAAAUGGGAUGGUCGUAAUCUCAAAGUUCUCCCCUUUCAGGUAUGGCUCGUAAUGGAUGACUCAGUACUGUAUGGACACUGCAGUGCCUAUGUGACCCUCUUGAAUGUAUUAAUGCACUUCUAUAUAUUUGCCAUAUUGUUAAAAUAUCUUCCAAGCUGCAAUAGCCCAGUUUGGAAAUUGAGCUGGAAACAAUAUUUUUUCACACAAUUGUUUUGUACAACAAACUAUUAGUCAAAAGAUUAACCCGAAGUUGAUUGGAAGUGUACCCCACCUUCUGUAUGGUUUGAACUGUCAGAUCAAUGUAUCUACUGACAUGAUUGCCCAAUAAGGCUAUGUCAUCUGGGUGUUCCUGUGCCUGACAGGUCAGUGAAUAGUACAAGGCUGACCUGACUGAUAACAUGACAUACUUUCAUUAAAGUACAGAAAAAAACAGACAUGAGAUGUAGGCCUAUAUUCAGUUAUGUAACUUGAGUGGUUUAUUGACAUGUACAUCUAAUGCAUUUACACUUUAGUUCUAGGGAAUGUAUUAGAAAACGUAUGUGUUCAUGCAAUGGUAUUUUUGAAAUAUAUAUAU